GACUAUCAACACACUCGCUCGCCGGACGCUCGAGUGCUCGUACUUUAUCCGUGACUACCAGAACAGGAGCGGAUGUGAGUCUCGCAGCUUCUUACCAAAGCUUAGCUUCUUCAACAAAAUUCCUGAAUGUAGGGAAACGAAACUUUUCGAACGCGUUGUCCGAACUAGAUGAUAAAAUCCUGGCGUACGAAGUGACCUUCAAAGAACUCAAGAACGCUAUAUAUCAGCAGGCCACGAUUAACACGGAACUCAACGUCUUUCGUGUUCAUGACCUGUUGCUUGACCAUGCCGCGAAAAUAGACCUUGACGGCAUGCACUAUGCUGUUGGCGCUUCGAUUGAAUCACAAAAGAUCAGAGAUGCGCCCCCACGAAUCGACAUCCUGGAGUCAAUAACUUCAUGGAUCAAUCAAGACGAUAAACAGCAGAUUUACCUCUUGCUAGGUCCAAAGGGGUCUGGAAAAUCCACUAUCGCACAUACCAUUGCACGCCAAUUCGACGCCAUUGUGCGUCUUGGUUCGUCAUACUGUUUUUCGUGCGCUGCCCAGGACAAGCGAAAUGCUACGAAUUUAUUCAGCACGAUUGCACGGGACCUUGCUGAUCACGACCCUCAGUACAUGAAGGCUCUCUGGGCCACCGUGAAAGACAAGCGCGCAUUACGUGAAACGAUAAACCCACUUGCUCAAUUCAAUUACUUUAUCCUUAUUCCUGCGAAUCAGAUGACAUGGAUCGGCCCUGUGCUGGUGGUCAUCGACGGGUUGGAACAAAGCGGUAGCGAGUCAGAUCGUAAAGACCUCCUGACUGCGCUCGCAGAGAAAGGAGCAGAGCUCCCCCGUAAUUUCAAGUUACUAGUCACUUGCCGGCCAGAGGAGGACAUUUGCACUGCUUUCGGAGGAAAAUCUCAUGUUAUACAGAAGUAUUUGAAACAUCACGCCGACUCACACUUUGUUCCGCCACCAACAUCAGGGCAAAACCAGCCAAGUAGACCCAGGUUUCGCCCUCCUACCCCUCCUACCCCUCCUCUGUCUAUCCCUGAAUUUACACGAUACAACUCUUCACUUGGGGCUGACUCGUCGACUAGUGACCCCACUCCGAUAUCGGAUAUCUGGAGCAGGGACCAGCGACCGAAGCCCAGAGCAAAGCUGACAAGCGAUGAUGAUGAUGAUCUACUCUGCGGACAGGCCCAAACCCAUGCUACCAUCACGCCUAGUAGCUGGAAAGGCCAAUCUAUCAGACUUGAAGUCAUCAGCGGCAAAAAUCUCAAAGUCCCUUCCGAGCGCAUUCCCGCAGGCAUCUACAUAUUCUUCAAUGUUGAACAGAGGGGACGCUGGAAAUCAACCAUCGGAAUCCCAUCAUCAGACGAAUCUAUGACGUGGGGCGAGACCGUGACCCUAUCAUUACGCAAGUCAUCCAAAUUAUCACUGGAGAUCAGGGCUUCCUUCGAGCUCGAUCGCAUGCUGGGCAAUGGAGAAGUUGUCGGAAAACUUGAAACUUUAUGGGAUGCGCUGCUAGAUCAUGGAAACGAGCCUUUCGACAUGUCCUUCCCGUCCGUUCGUGGUGUUCACCCUUCUCUCACGCUAAAGGCCACAGUUCUACAUGAUUGCGACCAUCAGGACAGCGCACUGCUUGACUCCAUCGUUGAAUGUCAGGUUGCUCAAGACACGGAUGCGGGCCAUGAACGACUUGCCACAUAUGUGACAAGCAAGACGGUCUCUCACCUGAACGAUGCUGUAAAGCAUUUUCAGUUGGUCCUGGAUCAAUGUCCGGUCGGCCAUCCUGAUCGGGCAGCGGCUCUCACCAACCUCACGUGGGCCCGCCUUGAAGGCUACAUUCAAAGUGUUUUUCAAGAUAUCGAUUCUAUCACUUCUCUCUUCCGUGAAGCCCUUGCGUUGCGUCUGCCGGGCCACCCCGAUCACCCGUUAUCCAUCUAUCACCUCCUUAAAGCGUUGAUCUGGAGCUACGAGAAGGAGAACUCCACCGCUAUCUAUAUUCAGGAAUGCGCGCAACUGUCCUCUAAGCUAUUUUCCCUCUGUCCAGAGGGCACCUACCUUCGUAGCAUCGCGGCAGGGGCAAAUGGUGUCGAUUAUGUGAUCUGCGAAUGCAACAAUCUCCCAAAAGAUGCAUCUGAUGAAGGCAUCCACCUUCGACGAGUCAUACUCGAGCUCUGUCCUCUGGGCAACGCACACCGUCCGAAAGCACUCAACAAGCUUGCGCAGGCAGUUGAAGCACGCUUUCAACAGCGCGGCACGAUUGAUGAUCUAGCAGAGAGCAUACAACAUAAGCGUGAAGCCGUUUCUCUGUGUCCUGAGGGACAUUUUGAACGCGAGACCUACCUGAAUAACUUGGCCUACUCACUGCGAUUCCGCUUUGAUCACCAAGGCAACUCAGAUGACAUCGAUGAGGCCAUCUCUUUGUUCGAAGAAGCGCUGCGCCUGCGCCCUGUUGGGCACAAAUAUCGUAAUUCCUCAUUGGACAACCUAGGAUCUGCCCUCCACACCCGUUUCAACCAACGUGGUGAUGUUGACGACAUCAUCAGAUCCAUCAGCCUCCAGCGCGAGGCACUGACGUUGCGCCCGCCCGGGAAUCCAUGUCGUUAUUCCACGCUUAACAACCUUGCGCUCGCGCUCAAAAUCAGAUAUGUCAAAUUGGAUGCCAGCGAGAAUCUCGACGAGGCCAUCAACCUCCACCGGGAUUCACUUCAAUUAACGCCACAGGGUCAUCCACGUCGCCAUCAAGCUCUUUGCAAUUUGAGCUCGGCACUCCAUUCUCGUUUCACGCAAACUCGGAAGAAUGAAGAUAUCGAAGAGGCCAUUCGACUCUGCCAAGAGUCGUUGGAGGCUUUGCCUUCACUGCACCCAGAUAGAUAUUUCAGCUACAUGUGGUUGCAGGAAGCCUAUUUGUCUCGUUUCAGGGUGCAACGCAGCUCUGCUGAUUUAUCACUUGCCGUAGAGAACUUCAGGCUGGCAUCACGACAUCCUACUCAAGGUUUCCCAGAACGCAUCAAAGAGACGAUCAAUUGGACUUUUGCAGCGGAGAGUCACAGUCACACCUCUGCACUAGAAGCCUACAAAACGUUUUUCGAACUUCUUGACAGACAUUUGGCAACACGGUCUUCGAUUGUUGCACGGCGCGAAGCUGCUUCUGCUUUUCGUCCUGCUAGAACAUUGCCUGUGGAUGCGGCAUCAUGUGCCAUGCGCCUUGAAAAUCUACGAGACGCAAUCGAACUUGUUGAGCAGGGUCGCGGCCAGCAAUGGUCAUUGGCCUCUCGCCUGAGAAGUCCACUUGAAGACCUCGAGUCGACAAAUGUCAACCUUGCUCACAAGUUCUCGGAACUCAGCAAGCGUCUUUCUGAUGCUCAAAGUUCCGCGGUCAACACAGACCGUGCUGCUACUGAUCGAGCAGCGAUACGUUACAGGAGACUUCAGGAGCAGUGGGGAGCAGUGGUAACUGAGAUUCGUAAUCUUAAAGGCUUCUCGCGGUUCCUGCUCCCCCCGUCGUAUGAUGACUUGCAAGCAGCAGCACGUCAUGGCCCAGUCAUCAUACUCAUUGCGAGUCAAUACUCGUGCAACGCCAUCGUUGUCCCGACGUCAGGAGAGCCCCAUCACGUUCAAUUCCCGCGCAUCACCCUCGCACAUCUGGAGAAACUCAAGAAUGACUUUGCCAGGGAGAUACGACAUGCAUCUUUUAUGCGCCCAAAGGAGACGAGAAAGGAAUUGCAAGUCCUUUUGCGGACAGUAUGGGACGAGAUCAUGCUCCCCAUCGUCAUCGUCCUCCAGCGUGAUCUCAGAGUAACGAACGGCUCUCGAAUCUGGCUGUGUCCAACUGCAACAUUCACUUCCAUUCCUCUCCAUGCAGCUCACCCCUUUCGAACGAAGGCAGAUGGACGGCGUGAACUAUGCCUGGAGGACGUCUACAUCUGUUCCUACACGCCGACACUUUCAGCUCUGAUCAGAUCUAGGCAGAUGAUGAAGAAACGUGCGACUCCGUCUUUCGUUGCAAUCGGACAAAGUUCACCGGGUGCGGGGCAAGGCGAGGCGCUCUCGGCUGUUGACAGUGAGCUUGAGCUCGUCCGCAACCUCGUCCCCACGACGGUCAAUCCCACCACUCUCUCCGGUGACAACGCCACGCAAGCAGGUGCACUAGAUGCUUUGCAACACAACACCUGGGUGCAUCUCGCCUGUCAUGGAAAGCAGGACCGCGAGCAGCCUUAUAACUCACGUUUCGCCAUGGGAGACAAACCUCUGACGCUGCUCGACAUCAUGGAGAAAGACAUUCCUCACGCUGAGUUCGCAUUCUUGUCGGCAUGUCACACCGCUGUUGGCGAUGAGAAGACACCCGAUGAAGUCAUCCACCUCGCAGCUGGACUCCAAUUUUCAGGGUUCAAGAGCGUCAUUGGCACGCUAUGGGUGGUCGACGACGCUGUCGCGAAACAUGUUGUCGAAGCAUUCUACAAGAACAUGGUCAAGGAUUUGAAGGAUGGUGAUGUGAUGGACUGCACGAAGGCGGCCUGGGCACUCAACCGUGCUACAAACGCUGUGAAGACGAAAGUGCCGCUCGAGCAGAGGAUGGUUUUCAUUCAUAUUGGUGUGUAGUUUCAGGUUCUAUGUUAUGUUAUAUUACUUUCGUAUGGUAUAGGUUUUCGAGUUGUUGAUUUUCGAUCCUGUUUUAUCCCAGUCGCCGUAGCAGCAUGUUAUUUCACAUUCCCUCACAUGAUACCAUUUACUCAAGUUGUUGGUCUCGUAUUCCCGGCGUUGUCACUGC